AUGAGCGUCCCCCGCAAUCUGCUUACUCGCGCGCGCCCAUUGACAUUCGCGUCGUCUACCCCACAAUGUUUCGCACCGAGGCCAACCCACACUUCCCUAAGGUUUGCGAGACGCCAGUCGAAUCAACCUGCGCGACAGAUCCACAAUCAGUACCCGCGCAAAGCCCAGCAUGCCUCAUCUGCUCAUGAAGUCGAAUCGUCCAACCCCGCUCUUUCUUUUCCUUGUCUGGAUGCCCACGAGUCGCGCUCUGCAUCACUCUCGAGGAAACGGUCGUCGUCUGGUCCUGAGCCCUCGUAUACAUCCGGCCACACGCUCAACUUCCACUCGACACAGCCAAUACUCCUUGAUUGGGGCGGCAUACUGCCAGAGUUCAACAUUGCAUAUGAGACAUGGGGACAGCUGAACUCAAGCAAGAGUAAUGCAAUCUUACUUCAUACUGGUCUUUCGGCGUCCAGUCAUGCCCACAGCACCGACACGAACAUGAAGCCAGGAUGGUGGGAGAAAUUCAUUGGGUCAGGAAAGCCACUGGACACUGACAAGUACUUUGUCAUUUGUACCAAUGUAAUUGGAGGUUGCUACGGCUCGACUGGUCCCUCGUCCAUUGACCCUGCCAAUGGCGAGCGCUACGCAACACGAUUUCCGAUUCUCACCAUGGAAGACAUGGUGCGCGCGCAGUUUCGACUGCUAGAUAAUCUAGGCAUCCAAAAGCUGUAUGCAAGUGUGGGUUCAAGCAUGGGUGGUAUGCAGAGCCUGGCUGCUGGGACUCUAUUCCCCGAACGGGUAGGCCGUGUAGUUAGCAUCAGCGGGUGUGCCCGCAGCCACCCCUACAGCAUCGCCAUGAGGCAUACCCAACGACAAGUGUUGAUGAUGGACCCAAAUUGGGCUCGAGGUUUCUACUACGACGGCAUUCCUCCACACGGCGGCAUGAAGCUUGCUCGAGAAAUCGCUACAGUUACCUAUCGUAGCGGUCCAGAAUGGGAACAGCGGUUUGGCCGGCGGCGCGCCGACCCUUCACGGCCCCCAGCGUUAUGCCCAGACUUUUUGAUUGAAACAUAUCUUGACCAUGCGGGUGAAAAAUGGUGUCUGGAAUAUGACCCCAACAGCUUACUCUACGUCUCCAAAGCCAUGGACCUCUUUGACCUCGGCCAAGAACAUCGGAAUCGCAUCAACGAAGUGCGCAAGGCCAACAGCGGAAAGAUACAAGCGUACCUGGAUGGUCAGGGUACAGGCAGCGAUGCCAAUAGCGAUGCCUGCAGCUUGACAUUGCCUGAUGAGCCGUACGAAGAGAAGGAACAGCCAGUGGAGCCGGAGUCACUGACGCAGACGGACGGCAAUGAGCCCCCGGCAGAUCUUGUGGCGGGCCUCAAGCCGCUGGCGAAUACGCCGGUUCUGGUGCUGGGUGUUGCGAGUGACAUUCUAUUUCCCGCGUGGCAGCAAAAGGAGAUUGCAACUACGCUAAGGCGGGCGGGUAACAAGAAUGUCAGGCAUAUUGAGCUGGGCGAGGAAAAGAGCUUGUUUGGUCACGACACGUUCUUACUGGACCUGGAAAACGUUGGUGGUGCUGUUCAAGAAUUCUUGGGCUGA